UUAUCACACUUGCCAUACAAGCACACACCCUUUUCCCCCCCCUCCUAACUUUGUUCCUUCUGGGCACAACUUUCUCAAGAAAAAAUAAUGGAGAAACUGAGAUUCGACAACAGCUUAAUUCAGAACUCAAAGCCAUACUUUGCCAUGAUUUCAUUACAGUUUGGUUAUGCCGGCAUGAAUAUUAUCACCAAAGUAUCUCUCAAUCAUGGCAUGAGCCACUAUGUUCUUGUUGUUUAUCGACAUGCUAUUGCUACCGCUGUCAUCGCUCCUUUUGCUUUUCUUUUUGAGAGGAAAGGGCAACCGAGGAUUACAUUUCCAGUCUUUAUGCAAUUAUUCAUCCUGGGUCUUCUUGGGCCGGUGAUUGACCAGAACUUCUACUAUGCUGGCCUCAAGUUUACAUCUCCAACCUUCUCCUGUGCUAUGAGCAACAUGCUCCCAGCCAUGACAUUCGUGAUGGCUCUCUUAUUUCGGAUGGAGAAGAUAGACUUGAAGAAAGUGAGGUGCCAAGCGAAGAUAGCUGGAACUAUGGUAACAGUGUCAGGGGCAAUGAUGAUGACUCUAUACAAGGGUCCGAUCGUGGAGAUGGUCUGGACCAAACAUGUCCAUCCUCAUAAUUCUACCGCCAGCACCUCCGGCCAAAUCUCCGACAAAGAUUGGUUCAAGGGCUCCAUUCUACUCAUCAUUGCCACUUUUGCAUGGGCAUCUUUGUUUGUUCUACAGACUAGAGCAUUGAAGACGUACAAGAACCACCAGCUAUCCCUCACAACGCUGGUGUGUUUCAUAGGUACCCUACAAGCAAUUGCAGUGACUUUUGUGAUGGAACACAAGGCCUCAGUGUGGAGAAUUGGAUGGGACAUGAACCUCCUUGCUGCAGCCUAUGCUGGGAUUGUGACAUCAAGUAUUUCAUACUACGUGCAAGGACUAGUGAUAAAGAAGAGAGGUCCAGUCUUCGCCACUGCUUUUAGUCCCUUGAUGAUGAUCAUUGUUGCCAUCAUGGGCUGUUUCAUCCUUUCUGAGAAAAUUUUUCUUGGAGGUGUAAUUGGUGCCGUGUUGAUAGUUAUAGGCCUUUACUCUGUGCUUUGGGGAAAGCACAAAGAAAGCAAAGAGAUGGAGACAGUGGAACCUGCUAAGAAGGUUGAGUCAAACGGCAGCGUUUUGAUGAAAGGGGACGUUGAAUCUAACGAAGCGAAGUUGCAGAAAGAAGAAGCCAACAAGCUGAAUUCUUUUGCCAUUACAAUUCCCUGCCAUGAACAAUCUUCAAUGAAAGCCAACCAAGUUCCGUGAUUGGGGGAAUUAAUGAGAGGGGCAUUUUUGUCUUUUCAUCCUCUUCAUUUUCCCAUUUUAUCUUUGUAUUUUGUAAUGUAAUCCACUCUACCAUAUGGAUCAAAGAGUUGGGUAUAAUUUUUUCAAUUAAAAGUUUAUAUAUUUUAAUGAUUGUAUAA